CCGUGGAGAUAGUUUCCAGGGAACUAGCCCAGCAACGUGACUGUACGUAUUGCUCCCUGCUGCCUUUAACUUGUCCAUUUCAAAUAAUAUUUUUAUCUAGUGUAUAUUAUAUAUUAGGACGGAAGAUGAGUGACGAGGAAAAGUAUGAUGGGAUGUUGCUUGUCAUGGCACAACAACACGAAGGAGGUGUGCAAGAGUUAGUAAACACGUUUUUCAGUUUCCUCCGGCGUAAAACAGACUUCUUUACGGGUGGAGAACCAGGUGCACCAGAGAAGCUGGUGAAGGAAUCAUUUGCCCACCACAGUGGUCUGGCUCUAAAGGCCCACAGAGAGAAGCUGAAGAGGCAGGAAAAGGAGCAAAGGGAGAAGGCAGAAAGAGCUGCCAAGCUAGCUGAGGAGGAGGAGAAAAAGAAAAGGAAGAAAGCAGAUGAGCCUCAAAUAAAAGAACUUACAGAUGAAGAAGCAGAGAGGCUCCAGUCUGAAAUUGACCAGCAAAAGAAACAAGAGGAGAAGGAGACCUCCAACACAAAUUCAGUAACUCCUCCUGAGAAAGCUGAGAAGGAAAGAAAAGAAAAGGAAGACAAGGAGACUGAUUCAGAUGGAGAAGAAGAUGAGAAAGACAAGGAUAAGAUCAAACCCAACGCAGGAAACGGAGCUGACUUGGAGAAAUAUCGUUGGACACAGAGUCUGUCAGAAGUGGAUCUGGUGGUGCCUUUUGAUGUGAAAUUCCGCUUGAAGGGAAAGGAUGUGGUGGUGGAUAUCCAGCGUCGUCACCUAAAGGUGGGACUGAAGGGUCAUCCUCCUGUCAUUGAUGAACAGCUUUACAACGAGGUCAAGGUGGAGGAAAGUUCCUGGCUCAUUGAGGAUGGCAAGCUGGUCACUGUUCACCUGGAAAAGAUAAACAAAAUGGAGUGGUGGAAUAAGCUUGUGACUACGGAUCCAGAAAUCAACACAAAGAAGAUCUGUCCAGAGAACUCAAAGUUGUCAGAUCUUGACGGGGAGACCCGUGGUAUGGUGGAGAAGAUGAUGUAUGACCAGAGACAGAAAUCAAUGGGUCUACCCACCUCUGAGGAACAGAAGAAACAAGACAUACUCAAAAAGUUCAUGUCGCAGCACCCAGAGAUGGACUUUUCAAAAGCAAAAUUCAGCUGAGAGAUGUCCCUGUCACCCUCCAACGAAUCCACCAACCCCUUUGCGUGCCCAGGAAACCAACAAUGAAUCCUUAUCAUAUCACGCUUCAGGCGCAGAUCUUCUAGCCAAAUUGAAUUCCCUCUUUUUGUCCUUAUCGUCCUUUGUUUUUUUCCCCCUUCCUGUUUGUAGUCCUGAGGAGCUGGCUUUGGGUUAAUGUCAUUCUAGUGACUGGGAUGGUGUCUUGAUUACUGUAAUAACGGUCAACUUCAUUAGGUUGCAUGUGUUACUGUGUUCUGAAUAUUUAAAGAAUUGUUUGAAAGUGUUUUACUUUAAAAAUAACAAACAAUAUAAACCAUAACAAUA